AUGUUCCGAGCUUCCAUUAUCGCCACCGUCGGCCUUUGUGCCACGCAAACCCUCGGAGCUGCAUUGCUCCUUUGGGACAGCGACUUUCCGUUAUACGACCAUGAUCCUGACGUGCCUGCUGAUUGUACUUUGUGGUGGAACACCGAUGAUGGUCUUAGCUGCCAGACUGCCCUAUCCAUCGCUGGGGUUCCUGUCGCUGAUCUUUUGAGGCUGUCUUGCCAGGAUUGGAAGACAGACAGAUCCUACUGUCUCAAAGCUAGCGCGGCACCGACACCAACGUCCCCACCGCCAGUCGCCAGCCCCCCUGAGCAGACAAGCACCACGUCGACCGCACUACCAACCCCCGCCAAGCCCGCUAAUGGCAUUCAGACCCCUGAGCCUGCCCAGCCCGGCAUGGUCGACAAUUGCAACCAUUUCCAUCUCGUCGGCACAGAUGACAACUGCUGGACUUUGGCAAACCAGUACGGCCUGACCGAGUCCCAAGUGCACACGUGGAACCCAGAGGUCGGCGGUCCCGCCUGCGACAACCUCUGGACCGGCUACAACGCCUGCGUCGGCGUUGUGGGUGGCCAGCCUUCUCCCCCUACCACUACGCCUCCCACCACGCCGCCACCCAACGCAACGCCGCAGCCUGUCCAAGACGGCAUGGUGGACAACUGCAACCGCUUCCACCGCGUGGUGCCGGGCGACAACUGCUGGGCCGUGGCCAACCGGUACGGAAUCACCCCAGAGCAGAUUGUUCAGUGGAACACCGGGAUCGGCGGUGCGGCUUGCGGGGGGAUGUGGCCCGACUAUUACCUCUGCAUCGGCACCUCGAGCGGCGGUUCGCCGACCCGACCCCCGCCGGCCGCUGAUACCCCUCAGCCUGUGCAGCCUGGCAUGGUGGCCGGCUGUAAAAGGUUCCACUUUGUCGUCGGUGGGCAGAGCUGCGAAACCAUCGCACCCCAGUACGGAGUCAGCAUCGCAGACGUUAUCCGCUGGAACCCUGGCGCUGGCUCGGAUUGCAAGAGCAUGUGGGCAAAUGCUCAUGUUUGUGUAUUCAAAACCAGAGAGGGAUUUAAAGACGCACAGAGCGAGCAAGUCCUAGACAUGCUGGUUGCCAUGGUAGAAUUAUACCCCCUUCUCGCCAAUAGCUAUGGCCGUCAUGUUUGCAAUGCCGUCGAUAUUCUCAAGGAAGAUAUCACAAUCAGCCACCUGAGAUACUGCAAUGCCGUAUCCGUCAAGGUGGACAUCCAGGACGCCUUUGGGCGGACCCCCGCCGUCCCCAGCGAAUGCUACGUUGUACUCACCGUGGCAUCAUCCUCGGCGCUAUAG